CUAUUGCCCAUGACAAACAACACUACUUCAUUAUUGAAACAAAGCAACAAGUCUGUCCAAUCAAACUUCUUCCUCCAAAACACAACCACAUAUUUCUUUCAAUAAGAAAAUCACUAAUCAACACCAAAGUUCACAGUAGAUACGACCAAAUGCAUCCCUGCUCCUACUGCAGAACAGGCUUGUUGUAAUUCCCCAUCCCGUGUAUGCAACCCUUCUGCUAUGGGUCCAACAAUGAGUGACUCAAUCCUACUGUCACUCUAGGAAUUGGCCAAGUGUAACCACUUCCUAAAGUGUAGUAUAGCGGGCUUGGGUUUUAAUGUCAACCCGGGUCCUAGAUUUGAUGACUACUCGGUGAAUUCUUGUUAUCUAGCAAUGAAACUUUAAUGCAAGUCUAAACUAACAAACAAGCAAAGUAACUAAACGGUUGUUUUCAGGUUAAGAGAGGUCACCCGGAUAUGGUUCCCCCUAGACUGCAGUUAAGCCGGAUUGCAAUUACCAAGUUCAAUUUCUAUGAUAGUUAUACUGCAGAAGGUUCUUAAGCAGUCUGAAGUCUCGACUAAAGGUCUCCAGACUCUCUCAAUCUGAGUCUCUAGCGGGCGACUAACCUCCACCGGAGUAAACAGAUUGAGGCCCUAACGAACAAAACCUCCACUACCGAAGUGAAUUCGGUACAGAAUAGUGAGUUGGCUCCUCGACUAAAGUCACAAACUCCCUACCUUCAAUCAAGGAUGCUCUAUCAACCUAGGCAGAUAUUCUCAUUCUAGGUUAAAGCAGAAACAACAGGAAUUUGAUCAGGAUUCAUGCCAUUCAAUCAUUCAAACCUCAAUUGAAUAUAAUCAAAUCAUAGAAUCAGUACUUGGGUUCAUACAAUCAAACCUAACAUACAAAUCUAGGGUUUCCCAUACCCAGAUGAAUGGGAGAACUACUCCAUGGAGAAAGAAGCAAAAGCAGAUUCAGACGCGAAAAUCAUACUGUGAAGGAUGGAUUUCUGCUCCUGGACGUUGAUCGGCACUCCUCCAAGCUCAAGCCAAGCUCCAAUGGUGAUGAAGAUCAAGCUAGGGCACUUGGGAACUCUUGUUUGUCGCUUUCUCUCUCUAGGAAUCGCUCUGUCUCUCUAAAACUCGAAUCCCCUUCUGUUUUGGCUGAAAUCUGCCUAAAAGGGCAUCACUGGGCAAAACACGGUCGAGGGCACGGCCGUGUUCUGCUCCAGCCCGCCCGUGCCCUUGCCAAGUGUUAAAUACACGGCCAGACUCUUGGGGAAAACACGGGCGUGCUUUUGGUGGACACGGUCGUGUUCUGUCUCAGUCCUGCCCGUGUUUUGAGCUAGUGUUUGACAGACUCAGAUCAAGCCUCGGCAGUAAAAACAAGGUCUAGGAACACGACCUUGCUUUGAUUUAGGUGUGCCCGUGUUUUGGCUCCAGCUCGAACGAAUGACUUCCGAAUGUCCCGAAACUCGUGCUUAGCCUUUCCUUCGACGUCUGGGACCUGAAAUAUGACAAAGUAGCACAACCCGGCGUAAAAUAGGCAAAAAAUACAUGACUAUGCCCAUCAAACGGAUAAGAACUAGGGGUGCAAAUAUGUGCAAUUACAUCGUUAUCAAAUUCCCCCACACUUAACCGUUUGCUUGUCCCCAAGCAAACCAAGUCAGACACAAGGUAAGCUCAAAAUGUUUCAAUCAAGCAUGCUUUAGGGCAUAUCAUAUCGGCACAAAACACGUGGAUCAUACUGGCUUUCGAUCAUUAACACAUGGACAACCUCAAUGACAACCUAGACAACCACCACAGAUGACAUUCGAAUGCAGUAAAGUCGAGAAAAGGAAGAGUUCCCUUCUGUUCACUAACCAACAUAUACUUGACUCAACCACUUAUACCACUUAUUCAAAACAGUCACGUCAUGCACAAAGCUCAAGAUAUCAGAAUUAAGACCGAGCAAUCUA